CUGCCUUUAUUUUAUGUCUCAUGCACCGUCUGGAGCGGUGGUUCUCCAACCUGAGCCAGCACCGCAGUCACCUCCUGGAGGGCUUGUUACAGCCCAGAUCUCCGGGCCCCGCAGCCCCCACAGCUUCUGCUUCGGCCAGGCAGAACAUCUGCUUUGCUAACGAGUUCCCAGCAUGUGUGAUGCUGCCGCCCGAUACCACACUUUUAAGAGCCGCCCCUCUAGAAAGUGAGGUCCACUCCGCAGGAAGGACCAGCUAUAUUUUCGUACCACGAGCAACCUGGUGCCCGGUGAAAAAAUGAAUCAGAGAAUGAAGGAAAAUGAGCAGAAGGGGGGCGGAAUGGUGAAGACCGAGAAAGGAAAGAAACCUGGGCCGGGCGCUUGCUCUGAGCUGCGCAGCCCCCCUGCGGCUCGUGGGCAGCAGGGCCCCCGGAGCCUUUGUUACGUCACAGCCCCGCCUGCCGGGAGAAUGGUUGCCGUGGCGACGUAAACCGAAGGCCCGGGCUCGGGGAGACGAGUCCAGGUGCGCAGAGGCUUCGGAGCGAGCGCGGUCGUGCGGAUCCCGUUGGAAUCUCCUUUAGCCAAUUGCAAGCUUAUCGGUGAGCGCUCCCUCCUUCGCCCGGAUGUCAAAGGUCCUGCCUCCUCUGGUCUCCAAGGGCAUAAGUUUCAACAAGAAGAGCCCGGAAUCCGUGGACAAUAGUUCUUCUUCAGUCAUUGAAGAAAAAAAGAAACAUGGGGAAAAAACCAAAGGGUCCGCGAUUGUUCCUGACCAGUCAGCUAAUCCUUUCCAUGUGUCUGGGGACCUGGAUUUCUUCUUGCUCAGACACCAGGAGCGGAAUAAGUCUCUAUCAGAUCGGGAGCAGAAGAAGAAGCAGCGGGUGCACGAGAAGAUGACCUACUCGUCCAACGUGGCGGCCAAGCACGCCAGCCUGCGGCGCGAGCUGCAGCUGGAGGACGAGGUGGUGGAGCAGGGGGCGCGUGCAGAGCAGCUACGCAUCUUCCACGAGCAAACGGCCUGGAAGCUCUCCAUGACCCGAGAAAGGAAGAUGGAACCUGAUGACAUACACAGCUACAUCACCCAGAAGCGGCAAACAUUCCUCCUCCAGUACGCCCUGGAUAUGAAGCGGAACGAGAUCCAGCGGCUGGAGAGGCUGGCGGCCAAGGAGGAGGCCAAGCUGGAGCGGGCGGAGAAGUUUCUGGAGAAGGACGCUGCUCGAUUUGAAGAGUUCCUCAGGGAAAACGACCGCAGCUCCCUGCAGGCCCUGAGAGCGGCUGAGAAGGAGACCAGAGCGAAGAUGGAGACGAUCCUGGAGAUCCGUGAUCUGACCAACCAGAUCACGAUCGUCAAGAGUGAAAUCUCCAAAUUUGAAGACACUCUGCAGCGUUACAAGAUCUACAAGGAUUUCCUGUACAAGCUGUCGCCCAAGGAGUGGCUGGAGGGACAGGAGAGAAAGCGCUCAUCUCUCACAAGCACCAGGGAGGCGGUCGAGGCCUCCGAGGAGAACGUGCUGUUCUCUACACUCGGGGACAAAGGACCAGAGAUCAAGGGCCAGACAGAUCUCAGAGGUAUGUGGCUGCCCCAGGUUGGAGGGGCCCUGCUCCGGGCUGGGGCAGAUGGACAGCCCUCCUCUGCUUCCUCCAGAGGAGCAGGGCCCAGAGAAGGCCACCAAGCUCCUGCAGGUGCCGCAGCUGAGGCAGGUCCGGCCCAGCACUGUCAGCCACCAGGGGGGCCCCCGGCCCAGUGGGCCUGGCAGGCUGGGCCCCAGGGCCUGUUCUACCCUCCCCGUGCAGGAGGACCCAGACAGCGACGGGGAGGUCAGUGCCCGCUCUGGGCGGGGGCCACAGGAGCCGGGCCCACGCCGUCCAGCAGCUCCACGUGGCUCUGGUUGCAGGAGCUGCAGCUGUACUUCACGGAGCCCCAGCAGCUCCUGGAUGUCUUCGUGAACCUGGAAGAGCAGAACCUCUUACUGGUCCAGAACACCCAGGAGAUGGAGGAGGCCUUGGAAGAGCUGAGCUUCACCCUGAAAAACACCCAGAUCCGCAUGGAGCGGGAGGUCAGCCAACUGAAGCAGUGGAUCAGCACGCUGAUGAUGUCCGUCGCCAGGGAGGAGGAGACAGCCGCGGAGCUGGAGCUCAAAGCUCGCAUAUUCCAUUUCGGCGAGUACAAGGGUGAUCAGGAGGACAAGCUGCUGGAGAGCCUGAACCGCAAGGUGCUGGACGUGUACCAGCACUGUGUCGGCAGCCAGCAGGAGUCCAGCCUGGGCACCGUGAAGAUGCUGGCCACCAUCGAGCACCAGCUGAACGAGCUGCUCGAGAACCUGGAGCGGGUGCCCCAGGUGAGGGUCGAGCAGGCCGAGAAAGCCAAGGAGAAGGAGCGCCAUUUGAGACUCCGGGAAGAGAAGCUAAUGCUGCAGAAGCAACUACAGGAGGAACGUGUACAGCGGGCCCGGGCCCGGGCCCAGGCCGAGGUCAAGAAGAAGGUGGGCGAGGUGGCCCUGGGGAGGCGCCGGGGCCCGGGAGGGGUGAUGGCCUGCAGCCCCCCCGGCUCGCCCCCUUUUGCAGAUGCUCUUGCUGAGGUCCUCGGGGGGAGAUGGGCCAGCAGAGCGGGGUCAGGGUGGAGCAAGUUCUCCCGUUCCAGGCCCGCCGCCCCACCUGCCCCUCAGGACCUGCUUCCUCUGGGUGCCCUCCCAGCCCUGCCCGGCUGCGGGCCCUCCGCCCAGAGCGCUGGCGCCCACAGCUCAGCCCCCACCCCAGGGUCCCACCUAUGUUUCAGCCAGACCACAGGCCAAGGUCAUCAUCCCUCAGUAAGGGCCCCCCAGCAGCUGCGUCCUCCACCACAGCAAGUGGGCUGGAGUGGCCUCUGGCCUCCGGCCCCGGCGUCAGGAUGCGUGGUCCCUAAGGCAGGCCUGAGCAUCCACACGGCCCCAAGGACAAACGAGGACACUGCGGGGUCUCCCGUAAUCCUCGCGGCAGGAGAGACGGGCCCUUCAGCCUGGCGUUUCCCCUGAGUUUCCAGGUUUCCCCCCUUCUCUCCCGACGCCCGGCUCAUCCCGGGGGACAGGUCCGGUCCAGGCUGGUUAGACUUCCUCCCCCGCAGCGCUCACAGUGGCCCCGGCCCGCCUGCUGACCACGAGUGACCAGAGAGGCUGGCAUGGGCCCUGGGCUCCUGGUGCACUCGGGCCAGGUGUCCAGACCUCAGCGCUGGGGCUCUGCGGUCAGGGCGCAGGCUCACGGCGUGCCCGUCCCCACAGAGGGGCAGGAGGCUGGUGUGCCGCUCGCGGCCCCCUGCCCUGCAGAGCAAGGAGGCGCCCAGGCACGAGCUGGUGGACAAGGACCAGGUGGAAUGGCUGUUCUUCUUCACAUAGCCCACGGGCCACCUGCUGCCUAAGGAGAAGCAGAGGCGGCAGGGCUGACGCCCCAGGACACGCCAGCACUGGCACCAUGCCCCCCGCUCCCACGCUGUCCCUUCAGUCUCACGCGAAAUAAAAGCUAUGUCGCUCUGGUACCUCAAGGCCUGUUUCAGGAGGCAGACGCUCUAGCAAAAUGUCAGUCUCCCCUCGUUCGUCAUCUAAAUCAGCAAAUGAGAGAGGAGCCCAUUUUGCAUGUCAAUUCAAUUAGCUGCUGAGACAGAGAGUUCCUUCCUAAGGUGAGGGCUGGGAUAAACCCCAGCUCCAUCCUGAGACGAGGUGUAGGAUCCAACCCGGUUCCACCCUGAGGUGAGGUGUGGGAUAAAACGCAGAACUACCUGAGACGAGAUGUGAGACCGACCCCAGUUCCACCCUGAGGUGAGGUUUGGCAUCAACCCUAUCUCUACCCUGUUGUGAAAUGUGGGAUAGACCUUAGCUCCAACCUGAGGUGAGAUGUGGGAUCACCCCUAGUCCCCACGGAGCUGAGGUGUGAGAAUAACCCGAGUUCUACGUGAGAUGCGUAUGGUGAGGUUAAACCCCGUUCUACCCGAGGUAAGGCGUGGAAUCAACUAGGGUGAGGUGGGGGACCCCCUGCAGCUCCAUCCUGAGGUGAGGUGUUGGGUCGCACACUGUGCCACCCUAACUGGAGGAGGUGUGGGAUCGGCCCCAGCUUUUCACCAUGGUGAGGUGAGGAAACAGCCCAGGUUGAACCUGAGUUGAGGUGUGGGAUCCACACGAGCUCCACCCUGGACAGAGGUGUGGGAUGAACCCCUGUUCUACUUGAGGUGAGAGGUGGGAUUAACCCCACUUCAACCCUGAGGUGCGGUGUGGGAUCAACUACGAUUCGAUCCGGAGGUGACGUGUGGCGUCAAAUCCAGUUCUAACCUGAGGUGAGGUGUGGGAUCAACUCCGUUUCCACCUUGAGGUGAGGUGUGGGAUCAGUCCCCUCUCUCUGUGAGGUGAGAUAUGGGAUCCACCCCGUUUCUCCCCUGAUAUGAGACGUAGGAUCACCCCCAGCUGCACCCUGUUUGACAUGUGGAACCUACCCCAGUUCCACACUGAUAAGAGGUGUCAAUCAACCCUAGCUCCCCACUGAAUGAGGUGUUGAGUCAACCCAGAUUCCACCCUGAGGGGAGCUGGAUCCGCUGCAGCUCUGCCACGUGGUGCGGUGUGGGAUUAACUCCAGCUCACUUGGAGGUGAGGUUUUGCAUCAACCCCAGCACCAUCUGGAGUUGAGGUGUGAAAUCAACCCCAGUUCCACCUGAGGCGAGAUGUGAGGUCAACCAGAGUUCUCCGUGGGGUGAGAUGAGUUAAACCUCAGUUCUACCUGAGGUGAGGUGUGGAAUCAACUGCAGUUCCACCUUCACUUGAGGUGUGGGGUGGACCCCAGUUCUACCCUGGGGAGAGGUGUCGCAUCAGCUCCAGCUCCACCUGCAGGUGAUAUGUGGGACAAGCCCAGUUCCCCCUUGACGUGAGGUCUGUGGUCAGUCCAGUUUCACUCUGGGUGAGGUGUGAGAUCACCCCAGGUCCAUCUGUGUGUGAGACAUGGUUGAUUGGCCCAGAGUGAUCGGGCAAGACCUGUCUGUUGGAUGGAGUGGAAUGCAUAUACAUAGAGUAUUUAUUGCAGACAUUGAGUGUGCCUGGAUUGAAUGUUGAAUUAAAAAGUUUUCUUUCUAAAGAGUAAAAAUUGGAUUUUGCAGAAUGAGUGUAUCUGAGAAGUUGGUUAUUUGCACACAUCCUCUGUAAACAGCAGUUUUUAAAUGCACACAGUGAGGGUGCGAGUAGGCAUACCUGAAUGGUAUCGAGUGAGUCAUAAGGCGUGAAGGCUGGCUUGCGCAGAGCGUGGGUGCAAACAGUGGCUGUUGAGUAAGUCCUGAGACUCCCUCUGGCAGCGUGUCCUCGUUGGGUGGGGAUGGGUGGGCAACAUGAAGACACGGGGUCGGGUCAGAUCUUAGAGGAGCAGCCAAACAGCUCUGUCCCUGUCCCUUCCCUGUCCAGGAAAGGGAAACCCCAGAACAUUGAGAGGAGAAUCAGGAGGGAAGAGGUCUCUGGGUCACAAAUGGGACUGCUUGUAUCUUGUUAUUCUAGGGUCCAUUUUGUGAAUGUGUGUUUUCACUAAGAAAUCACCAAUUUCCUCUAGAUCUUUAGUCUGAUGCAAUAUGUUUCUCUUAUUCUACAGAAUUGUCACAUUUAGUGAACAAAUACUGAUACUUUAUUAUGAACGGAAAUCCAUAUUUUAUUCAGUUUCCCUUUAUUCUACCUUUUCCGUUCCAGUAUCGCAUCCAGGGCACCACAUGACAUGUAGUCAUCAUGUCUGUUUAGUCUCUUCUGGGCUUUGACAGUUUCUCAGACUCACCUUGUUUCUAUGACCUUGACAGUGUGGAGGAAGACUGAUCAGGUUGGUGUUUUUCUUGUGAUUAGACGGGUUAUGUGUCUUGAGGAGGCAGGUCACAGAGGUCAGGUGCUUUCUCAUCACUUUAUAUUAAGGGAAUAGGCCUCAAGGCAGCUUAUCACUGUUCAUCUUACUUGGACUCCUGGCUAAGUUAUUAUGUGUCAGCGUUUCCCACAGUGAAGUUACUUGCUUCCCUGUGUCCAUGCUGUGUGUCUUCUCUUGGAUGAACUUAGCUUGGGCAACCCACACUUCUGCAGAAGGGAGUUACCUUCACCUCCUUGGCGGAUGGCUGAGUGUCUGCAUCAGAUACGUGGAUUCUUCUGCAUAGGAGAUUUUUAUCCAAUCUGAUUUUAAAAAAGAAACCUAUGCAAUCACUUAUUUCUCCCAGUGUGGACACCUGGGUAGGUGUUUUAAGCUCUUGGUUAUAACCCAGCACUAGAGUUUUCGGUUGCUGUUUAUUCCUGCUUUGGCCAUUGAUCCUUUCCCCUUUGGGUCCUGUUUCAUUUGACAUCCUUCCAUCUCCUUGCAGGAAUGAUAAUUUUUUUUUUUUUUUUUGCCUGCUUUGACUACUUCUUGGGCCCCAUUUCUAUGAGACCUCUGUGUGCAGGAAUUAAAUUUGUUUCUUUUUCUCCGGUU